GUUCCGCUGAAAUGCCGGCUGGCUUCAGGCUCUCAGGGCUCAACUCUCACGGCAGCGCACUGGCUCUCACCCACGAAAUAUCUGUUGAAAUCCCCGGUCAUAAAAAGCCGCUUUUAAACAUGACCUUGCCUUAAGGGACUGAACACCGGCUCAUACAACGGUUCUCUCGUCCGUCCCGGAGGAUUUCUUCUUCUCUGCCCUGCGCCGUGCAUUGCAACGGAAUAGGAGCUGGAUGAACUGAAAAUCGGACGUGGAUACAGGCUGCAGGACCAGGAACAACAGGAGGACUAGAAGCCUGCAUUAGCCUGAUAUAGCGCUCAUGGCCAGCAUGACCUACAUACCACAGAGCUUAAUGGACGCAUCUCUAAGUCAUCUCUGCUGUAUGGACACCUUACACAGUAACUGACGAGCUGUUCAACCUUGUAACAGUAAUAAGUGACCUUCAUUUUGUGUUGCUGCAGAGCUAUGCAUAACAAGACACGUGAAUGUGCAUAUGACUGAACAAAGAAUCAUCCAUGCAGACAAUGUCCUAUGCAAAAUAAGGGAGAUGAUAAGCGCUGUGUGCUGGAUGUUUUGCUGACCUUCUGUACUGGGGCCAAAAAGGAAACCAAAAGGAAAAUUAAUCAAGCAGGUGGACUGAGGCUUUUGGAUACACACUUUCCCCAUACACCAGCUUUGCUCUUUAGACUAGACUAUAGCUCACAAGGCUGGAGGUGGAGCCGGGAUCAAAGGUCCACAGGGUUGGUGUUUUUGAUGUGUUACACACUCAUGUGCAACAGAUUGUAUGGUAGUAAUCACAAAUGCUGUGAUCAGCAAUAAAGUCAAGAGCCAAGCAAUAAAAACUGCUGGAAAGGUCAGAUCCUCAGACGUCUUUGGCUGUCAGCAACAUAAAGUGUUGCCAUCAUGCUCCUGAACUGUGGUCAGCCGUUACCUCUGCUGAGGCACACAGAUGUGCCGCCUCGAGUCAUAGAGAACUUCAUCCUGACUGGAUACCGUUUCCCCAACUACAGCCUGAGGGACUGCUUACUCUCAGCAUUCAGACCUACCAAUGAAACAGGCAACUUCUGGACGCAUUUCCUCCCAGUUUUCAUUUUUUCAUACUAUUUUGUAGAGGUGUUUGGUUGGGAAGGUGCACCACAUUGUGAUGCCCCGUUCUUCUAUCCGUUGUGGAACUACUAUAUUGGGGUGUUCUGUCUGCUCAUGGCCAGCAGCAUGGCACACCUGCUCAACUCCAUGUCUCUGGUGGUGAGAGAAGUCUGCUUCUUUGUGGAUUAUGGCACCAUCAGUGCCUACACGGUUGGCUCAUCGUUGGCAUACUACUACUACAUCCACCCUCGGGCAGGGAUAGUGGAGACAGGAGGUCAUAAUGCCCCCCAUGAACCUGCAGGGGCUAUUACAUCAUCGUAUGCAAUCCCAGAGUUCAGUGUGUUCUUUGAAACCUUCUACAUCCCGUGCGCAUGUGUUGUAGCAAUCAUUUGUGUCUUAUCCUGCUGCAAUACUCGUCAGAGGUGGAGGAAGCAUCGAUAUGUUAUCCGGACCCUUGUUUUCCUUCUCCCAUUCCUCGUCUCUUCCACGCCGGUCUUCUAUCGCCUCCUCACCAGAUCGCCUUAUUCCACCACCUCCUCCUCCUUUGCUGCUUCCACUUCCAUGCCCACCUUCUUCUAUCGCCACUGCCUCUGGCUGCUGGUGUCAGCCGUCUUCAACAUCAGCAAGUUCCCUGAGCGGCUAGCUCCGGGUUGUUUUGACAUCUGGGGCCACAGCCACCAGUGGUUCCACUGCUGCACAUUUUUGUCCAUCCUUGACGAACUCCAGAUGAUCAAGGCUGAGGUGAGGGCCAUCCUGCUCAGUCCGACUCUGCUGCUGCCCCCUGCCACCCUCUCCCGUCUACCUGGACCUACCAUAGCUUCCACCUAUGGGGUGAUGUUCCUCCUCCAGACCACCAUCAUCUCCAUCAUCGUGUGGUUCUCCUGGCGCGCCAACUGCAUCUACGGACCUCAGAGAGACCAGCUAGCAAAGGAACACCUCAAGAAACACCUGAAAUGUCAUUGAUCACACAGACGUCUUUUUUUAUCUUGUCGACUGUGAUGGAAGAUUUGCACAUGUACACAGAGCCAUGCCACUAAGAGAAGCGCACAAGUCAAAUUUAUUUCCCAUCCGAUUUCAAGUUGCUCGUAUGUUCCAGCCUCUUUUGGGAGCAUUUUUCAAGCUUUCAUGAGGGAAAUUGGGGACAACAGGAGAUGAAAGGAUUAUAUUCUGAGCUCACCACAGGGUGGCUGUCUGCUUGAGUGGAUAUUGAAAGACCGUGCCAGCUCUUUCCCCUGAGCUGUUCCAGCAUGUUCCAACAGGAUGUCUGAGCAGUGGGGAUAAUAACUACCUCUAGGGGCUGUAUACGUGAGAACAGAGGAAAGGUGUCGGUACCCAGGAGAACACAUGUUCCACAGAACAUUUGGGUAAUGUGGCUUAAAAGUCAGAACUUGUCAGUGAGUUGUCUGCUGUCAUGUCCUUCCUCCUGUAGCACUUCCCCUUCCUCUAACCUCAAACGGUAUCUUUCAAAACUUCUCUGCUGUGGCUUCAGUUGAAGCCACUGUCUGACACUGAAUGAAUCCUUCUGUCUGAGCAUUGUUAACCAUACCUUCUCUUCCUCUGACUUACACAAACAGUCCCGUUUCCUUUCUCUUUCCAAGUGACCCUUGCAGCAGGAAGUGUGGUGGCCUUGCUGACGUAACAGAAAUAGCUGAGAGCUCAUAUCAGUCUUACAGUAAAGCACUUUCAGGGGGCCGGUCCAGUCUGGCCUGUCAUUGAGAAGCCAUGCUCACUUUCUAACCUUAAGGGACACAUAACAUUUCUUAAGUAUAUAAUGAUGUUCUCUGCUGACAUCUUCUGUUUGAAUACUUGGGUUAUUUCUAUGUGAAAUGUUCUCAUGGUGCAGUUAAUACAUCUGCUGUUUGUAUGUUUUUUUAUUAUACUGAUGACUUGUUCCCCAUUCAAAACCUUCACAUUGUUCAAAGUCUUCUACUUCAUAUUAAAUGUAAUAUAAAUCUGAUGUUUUCUAAACAGUAUGGAAAGCAUAUUGGAUUUUUCUGGGGCGCAGGUCAGUGGUACCCACUCUGUACAGGCAUAUCUUUUUACUGACGGCUCAUGUUAGUAGAAUCUAUCAGCGGGUCUAGUUUGAUGGCCGGCAUUGUGACGAAGGCUUUUCAUGUCAUGUGAUGUACAACAACCUCUCAGAGCAAAAGCCAUACUUUAGAAAAGUGAAAGUUGAAAUCAUGGCAAUACUGUAGUAAUACUAUGUCAUCAGGCACUUCCUGUGUAGUUUUGCACUCUAGAAAUAGAUCAGGUUAACGGUUCACCCAGCACUUUGCACCUGUGUAUUAUCAUUACUCAAGUCAACGAAAUCCCAGAGGGUCAUUUAACAGCACUUGCUGCUGCUAUCAAGGUGUUUUCAUCAUCCUCAGUGACUUUUUGUAUGGAGGCCUAGAAGUGCCACCAACCAAAAAAGAUUCUCUUUUUAAUCUUAUAAGCACAAGAUUAAAAAUAAUCUUUUGAGACUCCGGGGAACCAACCAUCUGGAAAAAUAGCUAUUUUGCCGGCAGUGCCACAAAAAAGAAGGUGCACCAUUAUUUCCUAAUGCAAUCAAAGAGAAGCGCAUGAAAUGUCUGUGUUAAAUUUGAACAAACUAACUAAAAUUAAAACAGUUUUAUUAAUUUUAUUUGUCUAAAUUGAUGUUACUUUUUAUGUUAUAUUUCCAUACAAAAAAUAUGUUAUUUUAAUGUCAUACAAAACCAGCAAAGCUAACUGCAUCUGAAAAAGAGACACAAUUUAGAAAUAUGUUUUCAUCCACAUGGACCGUGUUGUUUAAUGACCCACUGGGGUUUCAGAGAUCAGAUGCUUUGGUGUGUGACUCAAACACAAUGGUAAUACAUGAGAGGCGCAACUUGGGAGGUUCACCAUGUAAAUUAACUGCUAAUCUUACAACAGCUACCAUCUAUUUAUUAAGUUUUAAAUUGCAUGAAGGAAGGUUAGCCUUAGUGCUAGCAAGUGUUUCUGUGCUGUAGGAUCAUAUCCUUUGUAGACAUCUGUUUUCUGACAUCUUGUUUUUUCUGCUGCCUGACCCAAACUCUGCAGGCCCCACUUCACUGCGUAAAGCUUUGGACCCAGGGCCAAGUUUGGGUUUGGUUGCUAUUAAUCCAAUUUAUUAAGAAAUUCUCUUUUACCUUCUGAUUGUACCAAUUGUCUGCAUCCAUGUUUGUCAUGUGUUUCAAGUAGAUACGCAGUGUCCACAAAGAAGGGGGAGAGAGAGUGAGUGUAGCGAAUGCAUCAUGUUAGCCCGGUAAGCUAACGGUCAGAAAUAUCCCAACAGAAAAGAAAUAUAUUGUAUAUGUCAUACCCACUCGUGGGUGAUGGGCAUUAUGUGGUCCACAGCAUUCAUGGAUUUGACAGAACAGUUGUUACUACUCUGCAGGUCCAGUUCUAUUCAGUAAAAUCAAUCAACCGUAAUUCAAGAGCCCACUUGCUGAACACUUGGUGCUGCUGUGACCUCCCUGAUUAGGGAAGACGAAAUUAUUAGAGAUAUGUAAAAAAAAAAAAAAAG